GCUGGAAAUGUGAAGAUGUCAUUGUCAGCGUACAGUUUAAAGUUAUGAUUAAAACAACACUGCAAACAUUGGCGAACAAGUGGAACUCUUAUAAAUACCGAUUUGUGCCAUGGAUAGCUCUAAACCUGGGCAAGAAUGAGAGGACACUGCGCCACGUCAAGGAACGUUCUCAAGACAAACUUAUUUCUGAUGAAGUUGUUUCUGCAUCCUUAUUGAAACUCUUCAGGGCUCUAUUUAAAAGUGAUUUGUUCAGGCAGAAGGAGGUUCUAAGUUUUCUUCCAGCCUCUGUGCAAUCUGCAUACCAAGACACAUUAACUACCUGUCAGGUCAUAAACAGGGCUGAUCAUUGUAAUGAAAGGGGAGCCUCCUGUUUUUCAAGUGAAGUCAUGUUGGAUACGUUGGAGUUUAGUAUUCACAGAGCACCUAGUUCACUCUUGUCUGCAGGAAGAGGAGUCUUUGUUGCCAAGGGGACUGUGCCAAAAGGAGCUGUUGUGUCCAUGUACCCGGGUACAGUCUAUCAAACACAAGAGCCCAUUUUCUUCCAGUCCAUCCGGAACCCUUUUGUUUUCCGGUGCAUAGAUGGCGUCCUCAUUGACGGUAAUGACAACGGAAUUUCAAAGGUUGUUUUUAGGUCAUGCAGUGGAAGGGACAGACUGGGUCCUUUUAAACUGAGUGACAUCACUUGGCUCACCACCUCUCCAGAGAACCCAUUGGCUGUGGGUCAAUAUGUAAACAACUGCUCAAACGAAAAAUCUGCUAAUGUUUGCUAUCAGGAAUUUGACGUGCCUGCAGAAUUUCCAGUAGAACUUCGCCAGUACCUCCCCAAUGUGAAUUACAGGCAUGACAUACAAAGGCCUCUGAGAUGUGUCAUCCUUGUUGCACUAAGGGACAUCCAGCAAGGGGAGGAGCUGUUUUCAAACUACUACACAAUUGUACAUUAAACUGCUCUCAGAAACACUGGGAGAGAUAAACUGCCAACAUCUGUGAUAACCUUUUUGUACUGUAGUACAUUUUAUUGUACAACAGUGUUCCUAAUAAAAGCAAAAGGAAGACACACAAAAUACUAAA